AAGGGGGGACACUGAGGCACCGAGCGAGUCCCUCACGGCCAGGACGGUCCUGCCGCCGAGAAACCCGGCCCGACCCGGACAGCGCCUCGAGGAAAAGCCAGAGAGCGGGGCCCUCGGCCAAGGCCCCGACCCCGGCCCCGACCCCGGCCCCGGCCCCGGCCGAGACGGAUGGACCCGCCGCCCGCCAAGCGGAGCCGGCUUUGCCCCGGAGGGUCGGAGGAGCGGGAGGCCGGGACCGGGCUCCGCGGGCGAGCUCCAAUAGAGACGCUGCUGGACCUCAGCGCCAAACGAGUGGCCGAGACCUUGGCCUUCGAGCAGGUGGAAGAACGAUUCUCCCGGGUGCCCGAGCCCGUCCAGAAACGGAUCGUGUUCUGGUCCUUCCCCCGGAGCGAACGAGAAAUAUGCAUGUACUCCUCGCUUGGUUAUCACCCUCCCGAGGCAGAACGAGAUUCCCGGAUACCUUUCAACCGCGGGCUCCACCUGCUGCAGACGGGUGCCGUGGAUGGCGUGCUGCAAGUGGGUUUCCACCUGAGCGGAAGCGUGACCGAGCCGCCCAGCUCUUCGGCCCCGGAGCGGGUCUAUUACGUCUCCAUCAGUUUUGACCGCUGCAAGAUCACCUCGGUCAGCUGUGGCUGCGACAACCGAGACAUCUUCUACUGCGCCCACGUGGUGGCGUUGUCGCUGUACCGCAUCCGCCGGGCCCGCCAGGUGGAGUUACGGCUGCCCAUUUCGGAGACUCUGUCGCAGAUGAACAGGGACCAGUUGCAAAAGUUCGUGCAGUACCUCAUCAGCGCCCACCACACGGAGGUGCUGCCCACGGCGCAGCGGCUGGCCGACGAGAUCCUCUUCCUGGGUUCCGAGAUCAACCAGGUCCAUGGGGCCCCGGAUCCCACCGCCGGGGCGAGUAUUGAGGAUGCCAAUUGCUGGCACCUGGAUGAAGAGCUCAUCCGGGAGCAGGUGAAGCUGCUUUUGGCCAAUGGCGGUUACUACGGGUCCAGCAAACAGCUCCAGUCAAUGUUCAACAAGGUCCGGGAGAUGCUGAAGAUGCGGGAUUCCAACGGCGCCCGCAUGUUGAUCCUUAUGACGGAGCAAUUCUUAGCGGACCCCCGCCUCACCCUGUGGCAGCAGCAGGGAGCGAGCAUGACCGACAAGUGCCGACAACUCUGGGAUGAGUUAGGUGCCUUAUGGGUGUGCGUGAUGCUCAAUCCCAGCUGCAGGCAGGAAGAGAAGACCACCUGGCUCGAGCUUUUGAAGAAAUGGAACAAACUGGAUGUGUGCCCCUUGGAGGAAGGCCACUAUUCCUUUGAAAAUCCCGGGACCACCGGCUCUGCCUUGCAGCCUGGCACAGCUCCCGCCCGCCAGACCAUGUUUAGCCGGGCCCUGCAGGCCGGGGAGCUGCGCUGGGGGGAUCCCCACCUUCAGAAGAUCCUGGGCAGCGACCACUACGGCCCAGGACGGAAGAAGAGCAGUGACAAGCUCAGUUUUGACCCUCAGGGGCGCCCGCUAUGGCUUGGGGACCCGUUCCCCACCGCUUGCGCCCGGGUGGAUGCCCUGCGCUCCCACGGCUAUCCCCGGGAGGCCCUGCGGCUGGCGGGCGCCGUGGUGAACACCCUGCGGCUGCAGAGGCGGCAUCAGCUGGAAAGUUAUAAGCAGGAAAAGAAAGAUCCGCUUCCUAAAGCUUCCAGCCCCGGCGGCUCCUCUGUGGAGGGUUGGGUGGGUCAUCCUCUGGACCCCAUCGGCUGUCUCUGCCACGCCUUCCUGGAGGCCUGUCGCCCAGACGACGAGGGCCUGGCGCUUUAUCCAGAUUCGACGGCGGAGAGGAAGAAGGCCAUCUACCAGCACGUGCCCAUCCCCACCAACCCGGGAGAAUCCUAUUUUAUGCUGGCGCUCGAGGUGGCACUGGUCGGGCUGGGGCAGCAGCGGCCUAUGCCGCACGGGGUGUACGCCCAGGACAAGAUGGUGCGCAACGAGGAACAGCUCCUCGCUCUGCUGGGCGAGGUGGAGCUGGACGAGAAGCUGGUGCAGGUGCUGCGCAAGCAGGCUGCCAUGCUCUUGGAAGGCGGCUCGUUCAGCGGCUUAGGAGAGGUGCUGUUCCCGGAAAGCGUACCCUUGCACACCUUCGCCCGCUUUCUUUUUACUGCCUUGUUGCCCCAUGACGUCGACUUGGCCUAUCGCAUCGCCCUCCGCGCCAUGAGGCUCCCUGUGGCAGAGACUGGCAGCCUCCAGGCUCAGAACCCCCUGGAAUCUAUGAUGGCCAACCGUGCCACCCGCUGGUUUAUCCUUGGGCACCUGGAAACCCGGCAGUGCGAGCUGGCCUCUGCCAUGCUCACAGCGGCCAAAGAAGACCCCGAGUGGCUGCACGUCGUGCUGGACUCGAUCCAGCAGAACAUCCACUCCCCAACCCUGCUCUUCAAGCUGGCUCAGGACGUCUGCAAGACCGCCACCCCCGCCCACACCCCCAGAGACACCACGUUGCUCAACAUCUCUCUGGAGCUCGGCCUGCAGGUAAUGCGGAUGACCCUGAAUACCAUGUCCUGGCGGCGGAGGGAGAUGGUGCGGUGGCUCGUCAGCUGCGCCACGGAGAUCGGCGCCCAGGCCCUGAUGAAGAUCAUGCAGAACUGGUACUCUCUGUUCACGCCCACCGAGGCCACCACCAUCGUGGCAGUGUCCAGUACCACCCACGCCACCCUACUGCGCCUGCACCUGGACUUUGCCCACCGGGAGGAGCUGUGCAACUGCGCCCGGUCGCUGGCGUUGCAGUGCGCCCAGAAGGAUCCGCAGGCCUGCGCCCUGCACGCCCUCACGCUCUGCGAGAAGAACCACGCCGCCUUCGAGGCCGCCUACCAGGUUGUGCUGGACUCGGCCGACGGCAGCCUGACCCACUCGCACCUCUUCACCGUGGCCCGGUACAUGGAGCACCGGGGGUUCCUCCUCCGGGCCUACAAGCUGGCCACCCUGGCCCUGACCCGCCUGAACAUCGCCUUCAACCAGGACAGCCACGCCGCCGUGAACGACGUGCUGUGGGCCUGUUCCCUGAGCCUCUCGCUGGGGAAGAACGAGCUCUCGGCCAUCGUGCCGCUCAUCGUCAAGAGCGUGCAGUGCGCCCCCAUCCUUUCGGACAUCCUGCGUCAGUGCACCCUGACCUCGACCGCCCUGGGGUCGUUGCCGGGGGGCCGGCGGGGCGGGGCCGGGGGCAAGCAGUCCGGCUCGGACAAGGCUCCCCUGGGCCAGCUGCUGGACGCGGCCGUGACGGCUUACGUCAACACCACCCACUCCCGCCUGACCCACAUCAGCCCCCGGCACUACGGCGAGUUCGUGGACUUCCUGAGCAAGGCCCGCGAGACCUUCCUGCUGGCCGCCGACGGCCACUUGCAGUUCAGUCGCUUUCUGGACAAUCUCAAACUGACCUACAAAGGGAAAAAGAAACUGAUGCUGUUGGUGCGCGAGCGGUUCGGCUGACUGCCGGAAGGAGGCUAGUAAAAGCGGAGCCCCUUCUCCUCA